AUGGCAGUCAAGAUGCUGCCUAGUAACAGUUCCGGCCACUUGCCAACAGAUCUGCAACUGUUUCACAAUGAAAAAUUCUUUUUAAAUCUGACCCAAGUGUUAAACAUCUCGGCCGACAACCUUACGAGCCUGCUGCAGGGGCUGGAGCCGGAGGAGCUGCUUCCCACGAUGUCACCAAUGGCACCAAUGUCUCUGCUCGCUGCUCUUAGUGUGGGCUAUGCCCUCAUCUUUGUGGCUGGCGUUUUGGGCAACCUCAUCACCUGUAUUGUGAUCUCCAGGAACAACUUUAUGCACACAGCUACCAACUUUUAUCUUUUCAAUCUGGCUAUAUCCGACAUGAUCCUAUUGUGCUCAGGCAUGCCACAGGACCUGUAUAACCUUUGGCAUCCGGACAAUUACCCCUUCAGUGAUGGAGUCUGCAUAUUGGAGAGCGUACUUUCGGAGACAGCGGCCAACGCCACUGUCCUGACGAUUACCGCUUUUACCGUGGAGCGAUAUAUUGCCAUUUGUCAUCCUUUCAGGCAACACACGAUGUCGAAGCUUUCACGGGCCGUAAAGUUCAUAUUUGCCAUCUGGAUAGCCGCUCUAUUACUGGCCCUACCCCAGGCGAUUCAGUUCUCAGUGGUGGUCCAGGGCAUGGGAUCCUCGUGCACGAUGAAAAACGACUUUUUCGCGCAUGUGUUUGCUGUGUCAGGCUUUCUUUUCUUCGGCGGACCCAUGACAGCCAUAUGUGUGCUCUACGUGCUCAUCGGUGUGAAAUUGAAGAGGAGCAGGCUGCUGCAGGCGAUUCCCCGGCGAUGUUACGAUGUGAGCCGAGGUAUCAGCGCCCAAACACGAGUCAUCCGGAUGCUGGUUGCCGUUGCGGUGGCAUUCUUUAUCUGCUGGGCGCCCUUCCAUGCCCAGCGCCUGAUGGCGGUCUAUGGCUCCACCUCGGGCAUCGCGUCGCAGUGGUUCAACGAUGUCUUCAGCAUCCUCAACUACACGUCCGGAGUGCUCUACUUCCUCUCCACGUGCAUUAAUCCACUGCUCUACAACAUUAUGAGCCACAAGUUCCGCGAGGCUUUCAAGGUAACCCUUGCCCGUCAAUUUGGGUUGAGUGGCAAAAAUCAAGGACGUGGCCUGCCUCACACCUACAGCGCCCUGCGGCGCAACCAGACGGGUUCCUUGCGCCUUCACACGACGGACAGCGUGCGAACCACCAUGACUUCCACCACAACCACCACAAUGCUGAACGGUAAUGGAGCUGGAAGUCAGUCCCAGAGACUGAACCGAGUAUCCUUGGACAGCUCCCAGCUGCAGGGUCAAAAUCGCAGCCGCCAGGAUCUGUUCGACAACCCCCGACGCAUCCUGCAGUCUCAGAUUUCUCAGCUUUCGUCUGUGGGCGAUGCCCAUUCGCUGCUGGAGGCGGAUCUGCCAUAUGCCGAUGAGCAAAUGCAUCAUCAACAGCAUCCCACUAUGUGCUCCAUUGACGAGCUGAGCUGCCAAAAUGACGACUCGGGACUGUCGCGGUCCCGCCUUAAACUGACACGCAUCACCCGUCCAAUGGGGGGCGUGGCAGCGGGUGGAACGGGGGCAGGAUCGCUGGGUGGUGACGAGUCAAGUGGGAAAGUGCGCAAGGCGAAAGCGAAAACGCUCAAGAGCUCGAAUGCUCUCAAGGGUCUCAGGGCCAAAUUCAAUUGGCGUGCCAGACGCAAAGGCAGCCACAAGCCGCAGGCGAGGGACGCUUCGGUCGCGGAGGCAGCUGCGGUUCCCGGGACGGGGUGUGGUAACGACUCCUCCGACGAAAGGGCCGCUUUUUGAAGAGGCCCGGAGUCCAUUCCAUUGCCAGCUACACACACUCAACUGUGAUACGAGCAGCAAGCGCCUCUUGAGCUUGUUUGUGUUUUUUUAGACAAAUAUUCCAGCUCCGGGUCAAUUCUUUGUCCUUGCUUUAAUUUAGAGUUUAGCUCAAUAAGUUGUA